UGCAGCGGGACAGCCAAGCAGCUCCCGGGCACUGCAAAUGCUUGUGCCUUGCCCUGUCCGCAGUGCCCCUUGGCAGGCCUUUCCCAGGCCCUAGCCAGGGCAGAGGUCACCUGCCGGUUACUGUGACAUCACAAACUCCGCUGGGCUGCAGGCUCCCAGGCAGGCUGCAGCUGGGGCCUGGCCUGGCCCCGCCUGGGGUGCAGAGGAGCAAUAGAAAGGCUGGGUGGCUGUAGCAGACAGAAGCAGCAUGCUGGGCCUCUAACCAGCGGCUCCCCAGGGCUGCAUGGCCGGCUGCAGGCGCUUCCAGGCGAGCAGUGGCUGCAGCCCGUUCCUGGCUGAUGACCCGGCCUCGGGCGUGCACCUCGGCGUGGAAGGUGGGAUACUCUGCCAGCUACUCCGCUCUCCGGAUUACAACCUUUUCCCCAAGUCGGCAGUGUUUGAAAGUGACGAAGCAGGGGAACUGGGUGGAUAUCCACAACGCCCCCACACUGGUGACCCUGGGGGUGACGUCCUCGGAGCCCUGCCUGCCUCUCCCCAACGUGCUCCUGAUCGCCAGGCUCGCAGUGCUGGGAGAAAGCCCCCCCGGGAGGGCGGACCAGCCCCAGGAGCCCUCCAUGGCCCUUAGCAGGCUCCUCCCGCUGAGGUACGUCAGACUGUCGGUGCAGGACAGCAGCCGGCACCUGCUGCGGGUGCAGGUGGUCACGGGGAAGGUUUAUUACCUGCGGCUGCACCCGGCGCACCCUGACACCGUGUUCACGCUCUGGAGCCGGCUGGCGGACAUCCUGCAGCGGGGGCUCUCCAUCACCACCAAGGACCCCGCCAUCCACGUCCCGCACAGCCUGGUGCUCAGCGCGGGCAGCUCCUCCACCAGCUCCCCUGCCCAGCUGGUGCCUGAUUCGCAGCUGCCCUCGGGAGCCAGUCGCAGCGUGGUGGCAAGGAUGGGCAAGCGAUUGUCGGGGACACUCUCCCAUCUCUCAGGAGCAGCCCUGGGGAAAACGGAGGAAGACAGCUCAGUCCAGAGAAGACUCUUCUCCUGGAAUCUUACGGCUCGGAGCAAAUCUCCUGCCAGGGAAGAGGAAUCGGGUGCCCCAAGCUGGUCAGGAGGGAAGCUGGCGGUGUGUGAGCGGUGCCGGCGGGACAGGCCGAGCGACACAGGAGAGAAAGCCAGCCUGAGGACAGCCCUGCGGUGGUUAGACACUAAGUGCCACGGACUCUGGGAACGAGACACACCUGCUGGGCUGCUGCCCCUGUCCCGGCUCAGCAGCUUGGUAGCUGCAGGUCGGCACUAGGGACCAGCACCCCAAGAGAAAGUGCCUCCUGUGCUGGGCUCCGGGGCAGCCCUGGGGGCAGGCGUGAGCAUUGAGGGUGGGGAGGAUGUGCCGGCUGCCGGGGCCGGUAGGGCCUGACUGGGAAAUCCCAAACGUAAUAAAUGCAUUGUGGCAAUGGAAGUGCCUUCACGCCGGCAGCCUCUGGGUGUUCUUUACUGCGCUGCACCCCUGGGAACACAGCCCCCAAGACUGGGUUCUGGCUCAGAGCAGCCAGGGGAAACACACCCUGAGGAGCAGGGGAGAGCAAUGUUAGAGGCACAAAGCCCCCUGGCAGGGCCGGCUUUAGGCCGAUUCCCUCGAAUCGGGCCCCAUGCCUGCACCUAAGAGGGCC